UUUGUUUUGGUUUGAAUGUAGCAGCAUGUCUCUGUUCCCUUCUUGCGCUGGGAUAUCAGACAUUAACAGCUCGACUGGAGCCACAGAUCUGGAAUGGCUGAGUAAUCAGAGCUUCAAGACAGAAGAUGAAUUGACGACUCACAAGCAUGCCACAGACAGCACACGAACAGAGGCUGAGGAACCGUCAGACACAAGUCAAACACGUAAAGAAAGGGAGGAUAGCCAUGGCAGAUCGAAGAAGAGAAAGAAAGAAAAGAAGAAGAAACAAAAGAAGAAGAAGAGCAGAGAUAACUCUGAGAGCAGUGGCUUAGAAUCAGACACUGUUUACCCCAGUGACCUGCUGAAAGAGGAGAACACUGACAGACAGGAAGCUCAGGUUCAGGUGAGUGGGGCCUUUAUGUGGCUGGAUGACCUCCAGACCCCCACUGACUCCCCAUUCUGUAUCGACAGGAGAGCUGACCAUGCCAACUGGGAAUACAAAUCCCUUUAUAGGGGAGACAUUGCCAGAUACAAGAGGAAGGGAAGCUCAUGCCUCGGGUUGAAUUUAAAGUCACAGGCCCUGAGCUGGGUCGACGGGGGCGCAGAUAAGAAGCGAGCAGUCAAGAAACCUGUACGCUAUUUCUCCUCUUCAACCCGUCAGCUGCUCCGUUCAGAUGGCCUUCCGGCUUUGCCUGCAAUCUCUAGGGGCACUGCUACCAACUCUGAUUCCUACAUCCAGCUCCCAGCCUGCAAUGAGGAGCAGGAAAACUCUACCCAGGCACCUGUAUCAUGGGUUAAUCCGCUGGGCAUCUAUGACCCUGGAACAUCUCUUUACCUGGAGGGCAAGGGUCAGCCAGAGGUAAAGGGAGAUCAGGAUUGUGUGACGGCCCAGGGAAGCAGCAGCACCCUUCUGAGUGCACGUGUGGAGGAAUUUAACAGGAAGCUGCGGGAGAAUCCUACAGAUAUACAAAUGUGGUUGGAGUUUGUACGCUUUCAGGAUGAGCUGGCUUUUGGUUCCGGGUCUUUCUCUGCAGCCAAAGACAGCGAUGGUGACAUGAGAAAGAUGUCUCUUCGUGCUGUGCUGGAGAAGAAGUUGUCCAUUGUGGACAAGGCAGUGGAGAGCAACCCUGGCAACGUGGACCUGAAACUAGAGAAACUCCGCCUGUGCAAAGAACUUUGGGAGCCUGCAGUCCUGCUGAAAGAGUGGAAGAAACUAGUCUUCGUACACCCAAACAGCGCCCCCUUAUGGAGGAAAUAUCUCCUCUUCACACAGAGUCAUUUCAGCACUUUCUCAGUGUCAAAGGUCAACAGUGUAUUCGGAAAGUGUCUGAGCACGCUCAGUGCAGUUCAGGAUGGCAGUAUGGUGUCUCACUCUCCACUGCCAGGCACAAAGGAAGAUAUUUUGGAGAUCUUUCUUCAGCAGUGUCAUUUCCUGCGGCAGGCGGGUCACACAGAGAAAUCCGUGUGUCUCUUCAAAGCCCUACUGGACUUUACUUUUUUCAAGCCAGACAGUGUGAAAGACCUGCCUACCAGACAACAGGUGGAAUUCUUUGAGCCGUUUUGGGACAGUGGAGAACCCAGGAUCGGGGAAAGGGGGGCACGGGGUUGGAGGUCUUGGAUGCUACAGCAAGAGAGAGGAGGAUGGGUGGUUCCUCCUGAGCCAGAUGAUGAUGAUGAUGAAGAACAGGAGGACUCUGAGAUCAAAGACAAGACCUGGCCCAAGUGGAAGAUCUGGCUAGAUGUGGAGGCGUCCCGUGAGGCUAACCACUGGUUGCCAUGGAGACCAGAUAAAACCAAGGGCCAAUCAGAAGAGGACUGCGAGGACCCAGACAGGCAGGUUUUGUUUGAUGACAUCAGCCCAUCUAUGAUCCGUGUGGACAGGCCAGAUCUUCAGCUGAAGUUGAUCCUGUCAUUCCUGCAGUUCCUGGGUCUGCCUGGACCUUCUUGCAGGUUCUCUACACAUUCCACCUCAAACUUGCUUCUGGAUGAUCUCUCCUUCCUUGAAGAAGGCCCUGACCCAGAGCGACCUCUGACCUCUUAUGACCUCCCGACGGCUGGGAUCUGUGCGGUGGGUCAUAUGACGUUUCUGAGUGACCGCAGGAAACAGGCAGGGUUGUGUAAGGCAGGUGAAGAGUUUCUGCGGAAUGUUCUGGAGCAAAUUGUCCCACUCGUCUCAGUGCAGGAUCGAGCUGUCAUUGCACUCUGCUGGCUGCAGUAUGAGAAACUCAAGGUGCUGAGAUGUUUACGCUGUGAUAAUAAAAAGCGUCUGAAGUCUCAAGGGAAGCGUAGUAAACGUCUGGCCAAACGGCUGCUAAAGGAGCCAGAGAACAGGGGCAGCCUGGCACUAUGGAGAGAGUACGCCCAUCUGGAAUGGCUUCUGGGUAAUCUGGAAGAGGCACGCAAAGUAUUUGAUACCGCCCUGGGGAUGGGCGUGACCAGAGGUCUCAAUGACCCCGCCCUCUGCAACCUCUGCCUUCUCUAUGCCCAGUUAGAGGUAGAGCAGACCUUGAGGGGUGGGACUGUCCCCACUUCAUCCCCAGCUGUUUACAUUCUCACUAAAUUAGCAGAGGGUGCAGCCUACACUCCUUUCUCGGGCCAGAUCAACCCAGUGGCCAUACUGAAGGCCAGAAAGGCAUAUGAGCAGGCCCUGUUGAGCUCUUUACCUGAGCAGAGUGCAGGUUCAAAGAAACUCCAUAGAACGUCCAGCCUGGUUGGAUGUUUUGGGCUUUUUCAGUAUCUGACAAUGGGGAUAGAUGCAGCUGAUGCUGUGUACAGUCAAACCAGGCAAAGAUUGAUAGAUGUGACUGAAGGCUCACUUAGGAGAUCUAAUGCCUUUGCAGAUUGGGAGUCUGUUGCCAUCCAGCACAUAGCAUUGCUACGCCACCACACCAGCACCAAUGUGUUCCCUCUCUUCCGGCUGAGACUGGCGCUUAAUGCUGCCCUCACAUUACUGCCCUCAAGCGCCCCCUUGUGGCAUCUCUACGUGCAAAUUGAGAACCGCUAUCACAGUGCAGGCCGUGCCCGCAGGUUUUUCCACAGUGUGGCUAAGAAAACUGACAGUAUUGUGCCAUAUCUGUUUGCUGUCACCGCAGAGCAAAGACUCAAACAACUUCUGGACUCUGUGCAGAGUUCUGGUCUUCCUGGAGAAGCCCUCCCAACCCUGCCGGAAAAUGGCCUCCGCAACCGUAUCCGCUGUCUUUUUGAAGCUGCUACCUCAACAGAUCACGGGGCCCACUGUCCUUUACUGUGGAGAAUGUAUCUGAACUUCAUGGUAUAUGAAGGGAAUGCUGAGAGGGGGAGUGGAAUCUUCUACAAGGCUCUCCAGGAAGUGCCCUGGGUGAAGGGUUUGUACAUGGAUGCAGUGCAGCUCUUUCCAGAACGUGUACAGGAGUUUUUAGAUCUAAUGACUGAAAAGGAGUUGCGUCUGAGAGUGCCCAUGGAAGAGGUGGACAUACUGCUGGAAGACUAGCCAUCAAAACCCUUCCCACAAUGCACUUGAUAUUAGAGCAUCCCAAUCACUGCUCCCCACCAGAAAGCCAACAGAAUUCUCUCAACCAGAAUUAAAGAAAAUAAAAACUACAGAUUUUAUUUAUUUUUAAUAUUUUGUGGAAUGUAUUUUUCCAAAAUGUUUGGGAAUAAAUAAGAGCACA